AUGUCCCUGGUGAAGAGUGAAGGCCCCAAACUGGUGCCCUUCUUUAAAGCCACUUGUGUCUAUUUUGUCCUCUGGCUGCCAACUUCAAGCCCCUCCUGGUUCAGUGCCCUCAUCAAAUGUCUGCCCAUAUUCUGCUUGUGGGUUUUCCUUCUGGCUCAUGGAAUUAACUUCUUAGUGUCACACCGGAGUGCCAGCCGCAUCCUAGCAGGACUCAUAUUCUCGGCAGUGGGAGACGCCUUUCUCAUCUGGCAGGAGCAGGGCUACUUCAUUCAUGGUCUGCUGAUGUUCGCCAUCACACACAUCCUGUACUCUUCAGCCUUCGGCAUGAAGCCUUUGGACCUCAAAGCCGGCUUGUUGAUGGGCCUUGUUUCCAGUUCCUGUUAUGCCUUCCUGUACUCCUACCUCUCAGGCCCAUUCACCUACCUGGUAGCUGUCUACAUCGCCUUGAUUGGCUUCAUGGGCUGGCGAGCGGUCGCUGGCAUGCAGCUCUGCAACGACCUCUGGACAUGGACCAAGCUCUCGGCCUGCAUCGGCGCAAUGCUGUUCAUGGUGUCGGAUCUGACCAUUGCACUUAACAAGUUCUGCUUUCCUGUGCCCUACUCGCGCUUCAUCAUCAUGGCUACUUACUAUGCAGCCCAAAUGCUUAUUGCACUAUCAGCUGUAGAGAGCAGAGAUGAAGAGGACUUCAGAAAGAGGAGCUAG